AUGCAGCCAAGGGAGUCACCAGGGUCUCCAAGCAAUGGCCACUUGUUCUGGAGGAGUUCGAAAAGUUGCUCCUGCUCUGGAUUGAACAUGAAACACAGUGACCGAGGUGAUCAUCUGCGAAAAAAGCCAAGGCCUUGCAUGCUGACCUCCUCAACCAACAGCCAGGAAUGUCAGCAGAUGCAGGCUUCAAGGCCACCAGGGGGUGGUACGAAAGGUUCAAGACCAGAUCUUGCAUUUACAGCGUGUCAGACAUGGAGAGGUUGAAAGUUCAGAUGUUGCUGCAGCUGAGGAAUUUGCUACUAAGUUCCUGGAGGUGAUAGUUUCAGAGGGCUACCUUGCUCAUCAGGUCUUCAACUGCGAAGAGACUGGGCUCUUCUGGAAGAGGAUGCCAAAGUGUACCUUCAUCAAGGAAGAGGAGACCUCAUUGCCUGACCACAAGCCGAUGAAGGACCGUCUCACCCUCCUGUUCUGCGCCAAUGCCAGUGGGGACCUUAAGAUCAAGCCCCUGCUUGUCUACCAUUCAGAGAUCCCACAGGCCUUCAAGAAACACAAGGUGAACAAGGAGCAGUUGAGCGUUUUGUGGCGGUAG